AUGGCAGGAUGCGGUCUGUGCCACCGGACAGACGAUGACCCCGAAAUCUACGGCGAGAUGUGCCGUCAGGACAGGAUCUGUGUCCAUGAGAACUGCCUGUACCACGCCACUGGGAUGUACCAGCACGGCGCAGACGAUGAAGGAUUCUUUGGAUUCCUUCUCCCUGACAUCGAGCAGCAGAUGCAGCACGUGGCAGAGAAGGUGAACAGGAUGACGUGUCCCCACCGCGCACUGCACUGCUGUCCCCAGAUCUGCUGCAUCUGCCGCAAGAAGGGCGCCUCUGUCCGCUGCCACAACCGGAGAUGCUCCCGCACCUUCCACUUCCCCUGCGGAACAGAACGCAGAUGUGUCUCCCAGUUUUUCGGCGAGUACAGGUCCUUCUGCUGGCAGCAUCGCCCAACGCAGCAGGUGCAGCCGCUGCGACAGCAGCACCCGCAGUGUGUCAUCUGCAUGGAGGAGGUGUACACACGGCCCAGCUACAACACCCUGGUCUGUCCCUCCUGCCGCAGCGCCAUGUUCCACCGGCACUGCAUCCAGCGCCAAGCUCUGAGUGCGGCCUUGCACCAUUUCCGCUGCCCGCUCUGCCAGGAGACGCAGACCUUCAAGGACGAGAUGUUGCGUCUUGGCAUCAAAAUCCCAGACAGGGAUGCAGCCUGGGAGCUAGCAGAAGCCUUCCAGGAGCUCUACGAGAGGCACAGCACCUGUGAUACCAGCGUGUGCCUGUGCCCAGCGGGACGGCAGCACUCUGAGAACAUGGGGCCCUGGAGGAUGCUGCUCUGCAGCUCCUGCGGCUCCUGCGGGACCCACCAGCAGUGCUCUGCCAUCGCUGAGGACGCUGAAUCGUGGGAGUGCAGCGGCUGCAGUGGUGUGAGCACCGCCCCUUCAGCGUCAGGCCUGGCGCAGUGAUCCCUGCAGGCACCACAGCUCCUGGCACUUCGGCUCCGGCACGAGAGGCUGCAACACUCCAGGGACACCCCGAUGCUCAGCUGCCUGCACAGCCCACGAGAAGCACCUCGGCCGCUCCACCUUCCCAGCCUCUGCACAACAGCCCCGAUGGUUGGAACACCGGAGAGUUUGCUGAUGUGCCGGAGCAGUGCAGGGUGCAGCACCAACACUGCCGUGACUCUCCUGCCUGCACUGCCCUACUGAGCUGCUGCGUCUUCUACAAGAGUCAGUGGUGGGAACCCUGACAAGAUUCCAGCAUCGUGGAAGAUGACACAGGCUACAGCAGGGAGCUGAGACAACGGGUUUGAUAGUCCCAGUAAUUGAUUUCGGCAUUGACACUCCUGACUGGACAUACUGAAUCGGAUUGUGACUGCUGCCCAGAGAGGCUCUGGAUGCCCCGUUCCUGGAGGCGAUCAAGACCAGCUUGGAUGGAGCCCUGGGCAACCUGGACUGGACUCAAUCUGGAGGAUGGUGGCCCUGCCUGUUGCAGGGUGGUUGGAAC